GGAUCACAAGAAAGUAUUCAAGGGUCAUGCAAGCCAACUAUAGCCCACUGCACAGUCCUCCAGGAGCUGCAGGCAGUGAAGAUGCCUCAGCCUCCCAAUGUGUCCAUACAAGAUUGACAGAAAGUUCUUGUCGUCAUUCUGGAGAUGUGCAUAUCCAGAUAAACUCCAUACCUAAAGAAUGUGCUGAAAAUCCAAGCUCCAGAAAUACAAGGUCAGGUGUCCAUAGCUGUACCCAUGGAUGUGUACACAGUCGCUCACGGAUUCACUCCCAUAACGAAGCAAGGCAGCCUGAUGAUACUGCCAUGGAGUAUGGAGAUCAUAAUAGUAGCUCCUUCUCAGAAUUCCGGUAUCUCUUUAAGUGGCUGCAAAAAAGCCUUCCAUAUAUUUUGAUUCUGGGUGUCAAACUUGUUAUGCAGCAUAUAACAGGAAUUUCUGUUGGAAUUGGGCUGCUUACAACUUUUAUGUAUGCAAACAAAAGCAUUGUAAAUCAGGUUUUUCUAAGAGAAAGGUGCUCAAAGAUUCAAUGUGCUUGGUUACUGGUAUUCUUAGCAGGAUCUUCUGUUCUUUUAUAUUACACCUUUCAUUCUCAGUCACUUUAUUACAGCUUAAUUUUUUUAAAUCCUGCUUUGGACCAUUCAAGCUUCUGGGAAGUACUUUGGAUUGUUGGAAUUACAGACUUCAUUCUGAAAUUCCUCUUCAUGGGCUUAAAAUGCCUUAUUUUAUUGGUGCCUUCUUUCAUCAUGCCUUUUAAAUCCAAGGGUUACUGGUAUAUGCUUUUAGAAGAAUUAUGUCAGUAUUACCGAACUUUUGUUCCCAUACCAGUUUGGUUUCGUUACCUUAUAAGCUAUGGGGACUUUGGUAAUGUAACUAGAUGGAGUCUUGGGAUAUUGCUGGCUUUACUCUACCUCAUACUGAAACUUUUGGACUUUUUUGGACAUCUAAGAACUUUCAGACGGGUUUUGCAAAUAUUUUUUAUACGACCAAGUUACGGAGUGGCUGCCAGCAAGAGACAAUGUGCAGAUGUGGAUGAUAUUUGUUCAAUAUGUCAAGCUGAAUUUCAAAAGCCAGUUCUUCUCAUCUGUCAGCAUAUAUUUUGUGAAGAGUGCAUUACCUUAUGGUUUAACAGAGAGAAAACAUGUCCACUGUGCAGAAUUGUGAUUUCAGACCAUAUAAACAAAUGGAAAGAUGGAGCUACUUCAUCACACCUUCAAAUAUAUUAAGUUGUAUAAAGUAUUAAGGCCACAAAACACUGAUUGUAUUUGGUUACAGUGAGUAUUGAUAAAGACAUUAGAAUGGAUUUUCAGGGCUAGAAGUUAAGGAAAAUGUUUCCAAAUGGUUUUAGAAUAUUGUCAUAAGACUUAAAAGAUUAAAUGAAAGAACCCUAUGUUUUAAAAAAUAUGUAAGCAAUGUUCAACCUGAUGCAUAUGAACAUUUAUUCUAUCCUAAUUAUUUGACAGGUGAUUGCAGUGUUAAAUUGUGUGUUUUCUUGUUAAUGUUACCAAAACAGCAAUUGGAUAACUAGAACGAGUAGAUCUUAGAGGAACUCAGGUAUUCUUUCCUGACAAUGUUUCCAGACUAAAGAAUAUUUUUCAUGUUUUAAGAUACACAUUAUCUGAAAGUAGAAUUUUCUUUAGCUUGACUUUUAUAAUUCCCAUUCUAAAAAUUCUUAAAAUUUUCAUAAAAUUUGUAUUUUUAAAUGAAAGUUCUAAAUGCUAUAUUUUACCUAUAUCAGAUUUUCUAAGUGAAGAUUAACUGAGGAUGAUAUAUUUUAAUACUGUAUUAUUCUCUGUAGUGUUAUUAGUAAUCAGUGAGAAUAGAUGAUUUAAUUUCAUUUUGUUUAUGGACCUCAUACAUACAAUCCCGCCAUCAACUUUAAUGUUCAUGCUCUUGCUUCCUGUAUAGUGCCAUGGACUGUCUUGAAGUAACUAUUAAAAUAAUUGAUACAGAUAAUAACUGGCUUCACUGAUGAUUUGAAUAGUGUAACAAGACAAACUCAAAUCUUAGAAAAGAAUUCCCCUUAUAUAACUAGUCUUCUCCAAGAAAGUUUGAAUCACCAUUCCUUAGGAGAUGAAAGCAUGCACCCAGUGGCAACCUAAAGCCUUAGUGUGGGUUGUUGGCCUCUGAGUAUUUGGGCAGUGUGGUGGGAAGGGAAUGAAGCACUUUCCUCUUGAAACCUCUAAGGCGGAACCAAGAUCUAUAACAGAAGUCUGAAGGGUUGCUUAUAUCUAAGUUUGGAUACAAGGCCUCUACCCAUUUUCUCUAUUAUCAUCUAUCAGUUUGUAUACAAGGAAGACAUAGUGGGAAGAAGUAGGAGGUAGAGGUAGAAAACAAACUUGUAGUGUUGAUAAGACAAAGGCUAAACCAGCAUAGAUUAGUAAGGAGAAUAACCAACCAGCUACAGGUUAAAUCACUUUCAUGCCUAUGUGGUCCCCAAAUUGGCAUUAGAAUGUUAGAAAGCCUGUAACUUUUUUCCUCAGGUAAAUAUUGCCAGGUUAUACAUAUACCUGUUUCUGUUCAUUCAGUGAUGAUGUAUUUAACUGUUAUCUACUUGGAGAACCAUUGCAAAUAUUGAAACAAGCUUAUCUGGCCUUGUGUCACCUUCCUGACUUUGUGGUGAAGCUAAUAGUUGUUACUUAGGCAAUUUGGGACUAGAAUUUGGGUAUGAAAGAUAGAUGAACUGACUUCUUGUGAAAAACACAAGAACAGCAUCUUACUACAUGGGUUAUAAUACCCACUUAUUAUAUCUACUUACCCUAUGGCUAUAGGGUUAGCUUUGUUUCUUAAUACGAUUUAAUAACAAAGGAAGUCACUGGGGGAUAGCGGGGUUUUUUGGGGUUUUUUAUAUGAACAAGAAAGCAGUUCAUAUAUAAAUUUAAUGGGAGAAAAUGUAAUAGGAGAGCCAUGCCAUCCAUUAACAAUGCUGAUGAACUGGAAACAUUACUUCUAUUCCUUCACCUCAAAAAUAGGAACAGGGACUCAAAAACCCAUUUAUUCUUUGUAAAUCACAUCUGAAAGAUUGUUUCAUCAGCACUAAGAGUUGCUACUAUGUUUUAUUUUAAAAAAGUCAAUUUGAGAACUUCUAUAGAGAAAUCAUCUUGGCAAGUGUGAUAGAACUGCCUAAUAAGAAGUAGCCUAUACAAAACUUUACCCAUCUUACGUUAGAUAUGAGAUGUCAUCAAACAAUACGCUGUUUAAAUAAAAUUAUACAGUAAAAGACACAUUGCCAUUAACCUUCCUCAAAAUAUUCCUUGUUUCGAACACUUAUUCCAUCAUUCUUGCCACUUUCUGA